ACAAACAUUGAAUGUUGUCUCUCACAUUUGAAUGUACAUGGUUUUAUGUACAUGCAUGUUCAUGUUUUAUAGGUCGAUAUCGUUUUAUGAGAUCCGCCUCGGUAAUGCAGUAUUGGUCAGGGUCUAAUGUGGACAGUGUGGCACUGGUGGAUGGAGCCUUAAACUGUGUGUCAGUCUAUCAUGAGUGUCGACUCUAAAGCAGUGUGUGGUUCUCUGUUAACGCUCCAGCUUAAAGCUGCCGUAUAUAUCCGUAUGUUACUUAACUCGAGAGCAAUGUCCUCGGUCUGACCAAACACAGAAGUUGCUGAGUUGUGUGUUUUGUUUGGCUUUCUACAGGAUGACAGCACCGGAGAGAUGAUCUUCGACGAGGUGUUCCAUGCCCUGUCCAGGUGUCUGGCUGGUCUGGCUCAACCUUUCAAAGUCCCUGGAACCGAUCAACUGUUCAAGCCGAAGAUCUUCGUCACCAUCUUGGCGUAUUCGUCAAUCAUUGGCCUCACAUCCCAUCAGGUUCUGGUUCAGGGCUGUCAGCUUGAUAGAACGGACCUGGAUGAGUUCCUGCACCACAUCUACCAGCAGCUCAGAGCAGUGGAGAGCAACAUCGCAGAAGUCCUCCAUCAGCAGCACGAACAAUCUGUGGAGCCAGUCCAGAGCUCCAGUAGCAACAUCCUGGAUGACCAGCCCCACAGGAAGCAAGGCAUUUCAAUGGUGUCAGCUGAUAUGGGUCUGGUCAGCAUGGUGCGCCAGGGCAUCCUGGCCCUUCAGCUGCUGCCCCCAAACUCCAGCGCAGGUAUCAUCAUAAUCACAGAUGGAGUGACGAGUGUUCCUGAUGUGGCCGUGUGUGAAACCCUGCUGAACCAGCUCAGGAGUGGAACCAUUGCCUGCUCCUUUGUGCAGGUUGGCGGUGCGUACUCCUAUGACUGCAGCUUUGGCUACAUCCCCAAUGUAGAGCUGAUGAAGUUCAUCUCAUUAGCCACCUUUGGCUCAUACCUGCCCAGCUGUCCUGAAGUGGAUCUGAACAGCCAGGAGAUGAACACCUACCACAAGGCCUUCUUAACCUACUCCUUCCUCAACACCUCCGAGUCCAUGAACUCCGAGUACUUAUGUGUUUCCCAGCACAAACUGUUCAAUGAGCAUCUGGUGUCAGCCAGCGGGAACCCAGCCCUGGUCAUGAGGAGGAAGAAGCACACAGAGAAGGAAGUCCAUGCUCAUCUAAUCAGCGUGGUGUCUGUGCGACUGAGGGAGGGCUACACCAUCAGAGAGAUCAGCCUGACCAAAGGUGGCAGUCAGCUGGAGGUGAAGCUGGUGCUGUUAUGGAAACACAACAUGCACAUCGAGUACCUGGCAGCCGCCUCCUGGCCGCUGGACCCCGCCAAGAGAACCACCAGGGUGGAGGUGACGAUGGAGGGGAGCUACGAUAUCCUGCAUGACAUCAGCUGCACCCAGAGGAAACCCAUCACCAGCCCGUACCGCACAUCCGUCAUCCGGCGCUUCUGGAACACACUGCAGAGCAUCAACCAGACUGAUCAGAUGUUGGUGCACCUCCAAUCAUUUAAUUCAAUCCCUGAGAACUACAUGAUUCCUGAGAGCACCAAAAACGGAGUUCCGUUGUUCUACAUCCCCCCCGGCUCCACUACUCCGGUCCUGUCCCUGCAGCACAGUGGAUCCAAAGACUCCUCUCAGUCCCAGUUUGCUUCCUAUUGGAAGCCCAUCCUCUCCAUGGAUGCCAACUUCUGGCAGAGAUGGCUGCACAUGCAUCGCAUUGCCAUCCUCCUUGAACAUGACAUGCCUGUCCCCAAACACCUGCACACAGCUGGAAACAAUGGACGCUACAGCACCAUUCAGUGUCGUAUCUCCCACUCUGCCCUCACAUCCCUGCUGAGGGACUGGAGCAGCUUCGUGCUGGUGGAGGGAUACUCCUAUGUCAAACUCAUAUACAGUGAUUUGUGUCUCCACAGUUCGUCGGACCAGCCUCCCACCUCCUUCUACCUGGUCCGCCUCAUCUCCAAGACGCCCUGCAUGGUUCUGCGUCUGGGCUUCCCUAUUGGUACACCAGCUCAUGUCAGAAACAAGAUUGUUGACGAGCUGCGAGAUCAGAUCCUCAAACUUCGCUUCCCUCAACGCGUUCAGAACAAAGAGACGACCCCCAAGACUAAGAGGAAGAUUGUGGGUCAUCCGUCACCGUCCAAGUCUCCCUCCAUCCCCGCCCCCAAAGCAGCGCUGUCAGACAGGCCCUGCGUGGUGGUGCUCAACAAGCCUCUGGAGAAGCUGCUCAUAAGGUACGAGAAGCUGCCGCUGGAUUUCAGGACUCCUUUCAUUUUCAACAUGGAGAACUUCCCUCAGCCCUCCAACAGCUCCGUUCCCCUUAGCAUGGCGGCCAACCGGAUGGCCUCCUCCACCCUGGCCUCUCUGUCCCGGUACUUCCUCCACCAGCGCUGGGUGUGGACCAUGCAGAGCAGCCAAGGACCGGCUGUGGCCAUGCAGGCAGUCGCUCACAUCCUGUCCAUGCUCUCCGAGAUCCGCAUUUCAGAAGGCUUUCACUUUGCCGCCAGUGGAGAGGGCAUCGUUAACAUGGUGAUCGAGCUGCCAAUGAAGGGUGUGUCAGGGGACACGGACAGAGAGAGACACUCUUGUAUCGUUCAGUACAUCCUGUUCCCACCUCACUCUACAUCUACUAAGGACAGCUUCUCCACUGAUGACGACAACGACACCGAGGUGGAGGCCGUAGACGUGGACACGGAGCUCAACCUUGUGACAGAGUGCUGGGUGGAGCCGCAGAGCGGCAUCGUGAUGAACUGCAUGGACCAGCAUCGCCACUUCCAGGGUCUCAAGUACCAGGAGAUCCCUCAAGCAAUCUUUCCAAGGGACCUGGCCUGUAUGUCCACCAUGAUGACCUUUGAGCAUUUGAGCCAACUGUGUCAGAAUAAGGACCAGGUCUGCUCCCUGCCAGCUGCUCUCCAGGAUGUGAGAGGAGAAGCUCUGGCCUCUGAUGACAGCAUUCACAUGGUCCCUUUCCAGUUUGACCUCAUCCAGCUGCUCCCUAAGUGCCAGCAGGUUGAGAUCUUCUUCCUCACAUUUGGCACAGCAGUGGCGAACGAGGAGCAGAUUCACAGUGCCCCCUGUCUGCCCAACGACCUCCUGCUGAGUCUCUUCCACAGCAGCCUGGAGCACGAGCUCACCGACAGAGAGGUCCCGCUGGCCGACUGUGACCACGUCGCCUUCAUGCACCACAUCUUGGAGCGGGAGCGAGACGGCCACGUCGCUCCUUUCUCCUUACCUGUUAUCAAAGAGUGUGUCAAGCCUCCAGACAGACAAGACACCAUGACGUCAUUCCACACCACCGGCAGCAGCAAAGAGGUGACGGGAUCUACCAGCACUUUACAGGUGAUCCCAUCCAUUCAAAAACUAAAAACUAGUGUUAAGCCAGAAUAGUAGUUUUCAUAGACAUUACAGUGUUUCCCUUUUGGAAGAUGGGCCUUACCAACACACCAAAUUUAGCACUUUAAAGUGUCUUUAAAUGUUCUAUUACAACACUUACUUUUCAAAAUCCACAUGAACCGGCAUAUCGGCAGGAAUUAGAUCCAGAUUCAUUCUUCAUUCUUUUUAUUUAAAAAGAAAAUGUGUCACUUUUAAAGCUGGUUUGCCUGUUACACCAGUUAUUUCCUUCUUCCUAAACAGUAGUGAAGAACAACAGGAGUUGUCAUUCAAACUAAAUUAUGACUUGUGUGUUAACUGUGUUCAAAUGAAUCAGAGCACACAAGGCCAAACAUCCAUCAAUCAAUCAAUCAAUUAAGAGGUUGUUAAUCAGAGUCUGGUGCAGUGCUCGCUCCACAUGAAACACACCAGGGCAAUAUUACAUCACAGACAACAAUGAGGACAGAGCAGCAUCCCAGAUCAGUUUUAACCAAAAUAUUCUCUGGUCGCGCUCAGCUAAAGACACAAAAACACCCAAUCAGCAGGGUUUCCUCUGCUCCGCUGUGAGGAGAGACGGGUGACGUUAAGAUGACAUCUGCAGCAGUUAUAAACGGGCUCGUUAGUGAACGACACGCUAUGGAACAUGAGAGCGGAGGAUGUUAGUCACUGGGUGGCUGGAUCACUGCAUUAUGUUUAGUACAAAAAUCAGACUUGGAUUUAAUAUUUUUGAUUUAUUCAUUGUUCUACAUGUUUUAUAUUUUAUUAACAUAUUCAUACACCUCAUAUUCCUGGCAUGAACGUGUCAUGCUCUGGUCAAACUAAACACAUUUAUGUGAGCGUAUAACUCCUGAGAGGGAGCUCUUGGUCGAUGUUAAAAUAAAGCCUCUCUCCUAUUGGCCAUUUCCUUCCUUAACGAUAUGGAUUCACUGUUUAAGCUCGGGGAAAGAAGAAGGUAAGGUUUAUGACAGGGUUAGGGUGAAUUUAUCGAGACAACAUGAACAUGGAGCAAGCGUUGAGUCUGCAUCAACAGUAAAUUAAAACUGGAACCAUCAGAAAACAAUAUAAUCAGAUGUUUCCAAUGGGAAUCUGCAGUGGGAGCUGUAUCAGGGCCUACAUGUGUCAGAAUCAGAAACUGUUUAUUGCCAAUGUUGCACAUACAAGGAAUUUGUCAUGGCAGGUGGU